AAAAAUAUAAUUUUUUAAACAAAUUUAGUUUUAAUUUUUAACUAGACUUGGAAAUUACAUGAAAAAUUUGUAAAGCUGUUUUCUAUUUGCUUUUCGUGAAAAAAGUGCAUUAUUCCAUAUUUCUGUCUUAUUGUAAAGGCAAAUAACAUAAAAGAAAAAAAAAUAAAUCGUGAGGAAGACAUAAAAAUUUCAUCAUAAACUUUUUUCAGUAAUUAAAAUUAAGAAAAGUUAUCAAAGCAAUUAAAAAAAAUCUAAUAGUGUGCAUCAAUAAGUGUGAUUUAUGUAAAUUCUAUCAAUAUUGGAUUACUUUUUACAACAAAAAGGAAAUUAUAACGAGACGAAAAUUCUGCAAUAUUUUAUGAAAAAAGAAGAAAGAAGAGAGAAAAAAAAUUACAGCUCACAUUUUUAUAAAAACCAGCCACCUUUAAAACAUUAUUUUUUGUGAUAGUCUUUUAGUGUGUGCGUUUUGUGUAUAUGUUUAGAGCUGCUUUUUCCAGCCAAGUGAAUUACACUUAGUGAGAUUAAAAUAAUAAUAUGCCACAGUAAAAUAAAAGUUCCAAAAAUAUCAAAUAAGAAGUAUAAAAAAAAGAGUUGAAAAAAAAUGAAAAGCAAUUGUUAAUAGUAGCAACAAGCAGUUACAGAGAAGAAAAUAUAAAAAAAAGAAGUAGUAACAUCAGCAAUCAGUAAAAUAAUAAUAAUAAUUAGAAGAAAAAAAGAAAUUGGAAUAUAACAGUUCAUUUUUAUUGUUGUGGCUUUUUUUUAUUUUUACACCCGGGAAUUACAACUUUUUUGUGCUACCAAUUAGCAAUUUUCACUGUAAUAUCUCAAGUUCUAUCGCGAAAAAAAUUAGAAUAGAAGCAAAGAAAGGAAGGAAAAGCUGUUUCUUACCCAAAACAAGGAGAAUUAAAAUUUAAAGCUGGGUUUAUUUGGUUAUGGACAACAGUCAGCAGCGCUUCUGAUGGCGGCAGUUGGCCCUAGUCACAGAUCGCGGGUCUCGAUGUCACUUCAAGGAGGAGGGGUGGCUCAAUCAGCCACUGGAACCGUUUUGGCCGCAGCUGCUCCCUAUUAUCAGCCUCCCAACAUCCCUCAAGAUGUACAGCCUGACCGACCAAUCGGUUAUGGUGCUUUCGGAGUUGUUUGGGCAGUGACAGAUCCUCGAGAUGGACGUCGAGUGGCACUUAAGAAGCUACCAAAUGUGUUUCAAUCACUUGUCUCAUCGAAACGUGUUUUCAGGGAAUUGAAAAUGUUGUGUUUCUUCAAGCACGAGAAUGUUCUAUCAGCAUUGGAUAUUCUUCAGCCACCCCAUUUGGACUUUUUCCAAGAAAUAUAUGUGAUAACAGAAUUACUUCAAUCAGAUCUUCAUAAAAUUAUUGUGUCACCGCAACAUUUGUCUGCUGAUCACAUUAAAGUAUUUCUUUAUCAGAUUUUACGUGGUCUCAAAUAUUUACAUUCAGCUCGCAUUCUUCAUCGCGACAUUAAGCCCGGAAAUUUGCUUGUCAAUAGCAAUUGUGUGCUUAAAAUUUGCGAUUUUGGACUUGCUCGUGUUGAAGAGCCCGAUCAAACGAAGCAUAUGACACAAGAAGUCGUUACACAAUAUUAUCGUGCUCCGGAAAUAUUGAUGGGCGCAAGACAUUAUUCAGCAGCUGUCGAUGUAUGGUCAGUUGGAUGUAUAUUCGGUGAAUUAUUAGGUCGUCGCAUACUGUUUCAAGCACAAAGUCCAGUACAACAGCUCGAAUUGAUAACUGAAUUAUUGGGAACGCCAUCAAUGGAAGAUAUGAAACACGCUUGCGAUGGUGCUCGAACGCAUAUGCUUCGGAGAGUGCCAAAGCCGCCUUCAUUAUCAGCAUUAUAUACGUUAAGUUCUCACGCAACACAUGAAGCUGUUCAUCUGUUAUGUCAAAUGCUUGUCUUCGAUCCGGAUAAAAGAAUAUCAGUAAUCGAUGCUUUAGCACAUCCAUAUCUCGAUGAAGGGCGAUUACGUUAUCAUUCAUGCAUGUGCAAAUGUUGUUAUACAACAUCCGGUGGAAUGAGACAAUAUACCGCUGAUUUUGAACCUGCCGCAACACAACCUUUUGAUGACUUAUGGGAACGUAAACUCACUUCUGUGCAACAAGUUAAAGAGGAAAUGCACAAAUUUAUAGCCGAACAGCUACAAACUGGUCGUGUACCACUGUGUAUAAACCCACAAUCUGCAGCUUUUAAAAGCUUUGCAAGUUCAACUGUUGCUCAUCCCUCAGAACUUCCGCCAUCACCGCAUCAGUGGUCUUGAAGCUCUUUCAACUGUAAUCAAUGCUACAUCAGAAAGGCAACAGCCGCAUAAUCAAAUAAAUUCAAAAAAAUUAAGAAUGAAACAAUUCGAUCAAUUUAAAACAAAAAAUAUGAUUGCCAAAAAAUAAUCCCAAUCUCCGGGUCUAUAUCCUCACAACAAAAAACAAAACAAAAAACAAAAUCUCACUACAAAAAAAAUUUAAUAUUUUUUUUUCUGGCAUUUCAAUCAUCUCGAAAUUGAUGGAGAUAUGAAAUAUUGGAAGUUCUUCUUAUUAUUUUUUUUCUUUCACACAUUAAAAUCGAUCGACAACUUUUCUUUGCUUUUCUCACGCUUUAACGAUAUUAGAAAUUAUUACACACACAAAUACAACCACAACAGUUUUUACCGUCAAUAAACUAGUCGUCGUUCGGGGAAAAAAAAUUGAUUAAAUAAUGGAACAUGAUAACAAUACUUAUAAUUGAUGAUGACAGUGAUGAUAACUUUUUUUUUGCCAAAAUCUUUUAAUGCACACACAAUAGAUAAUCAUUUCGAAAUUUGAUGGCAAACUUUAAAGUUUGUAAGACAAAACUGCUGCUCUUAAUUUUUUUUUUAUGUACAUGACUCAGAAAAAGUGAAAGAAAUUUUUUGUUUUUGACAUAAUGAGAGUAAGAAAUAAUAACAAUGUAAAUAGUUAAUGUGAACAGAAAAUAGAAUUAAGUUUCAUUCCGUUUUUAUUAUUAUUUCUCUUGAAAAAAAAAAUGAUUAGGUACAUACACACUUAUAUACAUAAUAUGAGCUUUAAAAUGUAAGAAAGAAUGAAAGUCUUUUAUUUCGUGUAAUUUUUUGCAAGAACACUGCCGGAUAAAAAAAAUGAAGAAUCUUAGUACAGUUAAAAACAAGUACAGAAUAAUAAAAUUCAUGUAUUUUAAUUAAGUCUUUUUUUUUGCUCUCCUGUGCUUGUCUUUUAAAAAAAACAAGAAUGAGGAAGAUUUUAUACCCGCCAUCAAACUGCUAAAACAAAAACAUAAAAAAAAACUUUUUCUCACUUGUAAAUUUUCCUGCGUCAACAGAAAUGAUUAGUGUUUAGCAAUUCAAAUCAAUGAUUCUCAUGAGAGAUUCCAUAAAAAUAUAAAAAAAUGAAAAUGUUUUAUGUGCGAGACAAACUUUUAGCUUCUUCGUUUUAGACAAGAUAAAUUUAUUCAAACAAGAGAGUGAAGUAGAAAUUACAAUAUAAUUAAUUGAUAAUUGUAGGCAACUUUUACAUGAUAAAAUCUAGCUUUUUUCGGAAUUAAGCUCUGGUGGAAGAUUAGUGGGUGAUUUUAGCAUUUUUGAGAACGUUUUGGAAAGUUGAAGAAUUUUGAUAUAUAAUUAAAAUCCUUAAUCUUAAAGUUUAACCUUUGUUUAGUAACGUUUAAGACUAGGUGAUAGCUAAGCAUAUACAAAAGCUACUAUAUUACAGCUAGGCAGCUUUCCAAAGGUUCCAAAUCUAAUUGAACAAUCGAAUUCAAAAAAGUAAAAAAUUGUCAUUAAAGCGGGAAAAUUAAUCUUGCGUUAAUUUGCUUGAUUUAUGCUAUAAAGUUUUUUCAAUGAAAUAAUCAUUGAUUCAUAGCAUAAAGCAGCGAAAUUAGAGCGAAAAGCUUCUAAUUUCAAAAGAUUUGAAUAAAAAAUACCUAAUUCCAAAUUUCAAAACUCAUGGUUUUUUACAUGAAUCCUAACCUUAAAAGUUCUGGAUCAUUUUAUAAAAUUUAUCAAACAUCUGCAAAACCACCAAACCUGCCAAAACAACCCGAGCAAAUGUGACUGAUAUUUCUAAAAUUCAAAUCAGUCUAAUUCUAUGAUUAACAAACGAAUUGAAAAUUAUCUAAUUAGGAAAUUCGAAUAUUCUUCAUAGCGAGUUCUUCUUAUGCUUAUUUUAAUCUUUAAAUUCCUCUAGACAUUAUUCGUGCCCUCAAUAUUAAUUGAUCAUCAAGCUCGUUGUUGUCAAGGGAAUAAAAAAAAAAGAAAUAAAAUAAUAAAAAAAAUUAAAUGUGUGUUAAAUUAAUUUAAAAUAAUUUGAUCAAUUGGGUCACUUUAUAAAGUUUAUCUUGAGACAAAAUGAAGAUGAAUAUUGGAUAUAAACAUAUAUUAUAUUUAAUGUACCUAAAAAAGAAGAAUAAACAAAAUAGUGUGUCUUAACAAAAAUAAAACAAAAAUGAGAAAAAGAUUGCAAAAAAUUAAAGGCAAAAUUAGGAAAGAGUUAUUGUAAAAAUGAAAAAAUGAAGAGUUAAGCAAUUGAAUGUAGCUACACAUUUCUAAAACUGAGAAAGAGAAGAAAAAAAUUCGUGUAUAGUUAUUGAGAAAGAGACAGACUUAUUGAGUUGAGGUUGCAUUAAGAUUGAUUACUCUGAAUUGAAUUGAUGAAAACAUAGAUUUUUGUUUAUCUUACGAAAGAAAAUAUAUCUAAUUUAAUUUAAUAGAUCAUGAAAGAAGAAAAAGGAAGAAAAAAAAUAUUUUUGUAUACAAUGUAUUAUUGAAAAUUGCGCUUGAAUGUUUACGGAAAGACGCCAAAAAGCCCCACGUAGGCGAAUUCUUUUUUUUAAAAAAGUUUUCCUUUUAUCCUGAAUUGGGGUCAUUGAUUUAUGAUAUUUUGAACUUAAGGUUGGAGGUCAGAUAAUGGAUUUUGAUGAAAGUCCACAUACGUCAUAUGAUAUCUUUAAAGUAAUUAUUUUAAAUUCAAUUGGAUUAGUAAAUUUUGUCUAUAAAUAUCUAGUGCUGUCUAUUGAUGCUGUAUAUCUUCUGGAUCAAAGCAUUCAUCAUGUAAGAAAUAUGGAAAUUUAAGAGUGAUUCCUUCACAUUAGUGUGCGAUGAUGCUCUUAAUUUAGACAGCACUGACCUAAAUUCUUUAUAACCUAGCGCAAUUUCUUUUGAACUUCAUUUCUAAAUGUAUAAAAAAAUUCCAAUUUUUUUUUCUUUAAAAUAAUUUUACGGUUGAUUUUACUAAAGUGAAUAAUUUUCACUAAAUUAACGCAUUCAUUGUCAGGAUCGGUCUCUGGAUAUACUGCAGUAUAUCCUCAGAUUAAUUAGAUUUAAUUUGUAAGAGAAUAAAACGGAUUUUUCUGAGAUCUUAAUAAAAAGUUAAUCCAUAGAUUAAUAUCAAAUAUCAAGAUUGAUUUACUUUUGUUAAAUCAACCUCCUUAGUGUUUAAUUAUUAGAUUUUUUUUAAAUUAAAUUCGUGAGGAUUUUUCUGAGAAAUAAUUAAAAAUUCUUUCACUAAGAUCUCAAAAACCUGAAAAAUAAGCAAGAAAAUUGCAAAGUAGAUAAAAAAUUUGUGCUAAAAAAUCGAAAAAAAAAUCAGAUUUAGGAUUCAUUUGUCAUGACUUAAGUAUUUUUUUAAGAUUUUAAUUUUUUUUUCGUCUCUUUAAGGAAGAAUUUUGUGCUGGAUAAUCUAUCGUAUGUGAAAAUCAGAUAUCCUCUUAUUUAUCGACAAAUGUUUGAAGAAUAAAGAUGUUAAUUAUCGACUUAACUUUCCAAAUUUUUUGGGUUAAAAUGAUUUUCAAGGAUUUGAGAUGGAAAAUUUGUCUAACGACUAGCUGAUCAAAUAGACUUAUGUGUACCUAUUGCAUACACUAGAAUAUAUCUCCUGUAAGGUGAGAAUCAGAACUCGAAGUCUAUGAAAUUUUGUAUGGAGUCGAGUUGACUUCGAGCUCUGAUAAGAAUUUACCUAGUGAAUGAGGUUAUGGCCUGAUGUAUAUCAGUUAAACCGAUCCUAGUACACUAAAAAUACCUAGUUCCGACUAUCCAAACAUUUUGUCGAUUUUUUUAAAAUUCAAAAAAAAUUAAACCACCAAAAAAAAAAUUUGCGUGAAUUUUAGAAAUUAAAAUAUUAAGCCUUGAAUUAUGCGGCAAAUUGCGACAGAGAAAAAAAAAAGAAAAAUUGUUUAAUGAGAAGAGAAAAUAAAUUUCAAAGGCACUCAAAAUUCAUCAACACUGUAAAAUACAAUAAAAAAAAUUUGUGUGAUAUCAUAAACAUCAUUAACCGAUGAAGAGCACGAUGGCUUCUUUAUUCCACUUACAUAAAUAACACAAAAAAAAAUGAUAAUGAUUGUGACAACGGUAAUAAAUUAUCGUUUUUAUGCCAACGAAAUGCUCUCCUAAAUUAAUAAUUAUAAACUUUACGAUUUGCGGGGCUAAAAAGGGAUUUUUAUUUUUUUUUUUGGCUUGAGGAAUGAAAGUUUAUGAUGAAGGAAGGCAAGAGGAAAAUUUAUGGAGCUUAAAUCAUCGUGGAAUGCUUUAAGCUUCGUGCUUUUCUUCUACAUUCUUUAUCUGAUGAAAAUAUAGCACGUUUCUCCCCGCAAAUAUGUAAUCAUGUAAAUAUAUUCAUUUCUCUGUUCUCUAUAAACGAACAAUACACAAAAAAAGAAAGUAUAUAAAUUUAAAUUUAAUGAAAAAAAAGUGAUAAGGAAUUAGAUUUUUUUUUGUGGUUUCCAGUUGUGAGCUGAAGAAAAAAAAAGAAUUAAAUUGAUGAAGAGUAAAACAAAAAAAAAAUCGAGAAAAAAAACUGAUUUAGAUUUAAGUUCUUCGUAUCUCUAAUUAAUUUUACUUUUAUUUUUGUCAUUUCAUAGUUCAAUUUUUUAUUGCUCUUAAUUUUUCAAAAAAUUUUAAACAAAUUGAUCGAAAAAAAAUUAGUGAAUAAUUUUCAUUACGCACUGAUAAGACUUUGUUCAGGUAAAACUGGAGUUGAAUUGAUAAAAUUUGAUAGAGAUGUGGAUGAUUAUGAUCUGGAUGUAGCUCAUAUUGGUAAUUGGUUUGACAUCGAGUUCCAAUCUUAAACGAUACAAAUUCACCGUCAAGAAAAAUCACACGGCUGUCUAGAGAAUCCUUGGUCGUUGCUUUGAAGCAUCGCAAACUGUGUCAAUCUAAAGCAGCCUUGUGAUUGCCAUCAUUACGAUGUGUUCCUCGGGUACUGAUUAAAAUUAAAAACCAUUAAAUCAUCAUACAGACAAUCCAAAAUUUAUCAUUUAUCAAGUCUCAGCUAAGCAUUGAGUUCCUCUAUAAUUAUCACAUCUCUAAUUAAUCGAAAUUCAAUCGAACUCCAUUUCCUGUUAUUUCUCUUAAAUUCUAAAUAAAAUUAUAUUAAUAAAUUUAAAUUGAAAGAAAAAACUAUAAUUAUAAUGAGUUUGAUUCUGAAUUUGUCAGUGUAUGUCUCACUCAUGUCUUUUUCACACACACACACAAAAGUAAUGUUUCUGUAUGUGAGAUAUUAGAAUAGAAAUUUAUGAUAAUACAAAUAUAUGAAGAGUAGAAUUCAACAUGAAUGUAUAAAUUAAAAUAAUAAUAAAUGAAAAGAGAAUCGUAAUUAAUUACAUAAAAAGAAACUGUCUUAUGUGAGACGGAUGAACUUUUUUUUUUGUGGAAAUAAACGAGUAAAAAGUAAAAUGCUGACAAAUUUUGUAAGAUAAGUAAAACAAGUGAAAUAAUAUGAAAAUGAAUAAAAAAUACCGUUUGUAAUAAAUGAAAUGAAGAAAAGAAAACAAAAAAAAACUUUACGAAUUAUUCUUUUAUUUUUAUCAUUUUGAGUUAAAACUUCUUGACUGAGGGAUCUGCCAACUAUCAAGAAUGUCUUCUUUUGUUUUUUUUUUGCAGUUAUUAUUUUUUCUGGAUUAUUUUCUUGUUGUCAAGCUAAGUUUAUAUAAUUUAAAUUUGAUUAUCCGCUAUAGUUCAAUCUUUG